ACAAAAUUUUUUUAAUGUACAUUUUUUUGAUCCAUUUGUUUUUCCAUUUUCUCUUUCAUAAAUUAGAACUAUGGAUCCCACUGAAUCAAUAUUAUCAACAUUAAAUUAUACAUUCGAUUCAUUAACAUCGAAUGAUGAUUGGAAUAAUUUUGGUUUUAAUUCAUCAUCAUCAAUUAUAAAUGAUGAUUUAUUAUUAAAUGAUAUUGAUGAUGUAAAUGAUUUUAUUACAACCGAUAAUCUAUUGGAUACAAUUAAUGAUCAAUUAUUAUUUCAAUCAUUAAAUAAUUUUAAUGAUGAUCAUUAUGAUGAUUUUUCAUCAUCAUCAUCAUCGUCAUCUUUACAAUUUUUAAAUAAUGGUCAUCAUCAACAUUAUAAUAGGAAUCAUAAGAAUUAUAAUACCGGUUAUGAUUUAAAUUCAUCAAUAUUCAAACAACAACAACGACAACAAAAAAAUUUAAAAUCAACAACAACAACAACAAAAUCGAUUGUUAAUCGAAAUUUAUCAAAUCCAACUGUAUCGAUAUUGAAACAAUCACAAUCAUCAUCCACACGUUAUCGUGGAUCAAAAUUAUCGAAUAAUGUUAAUUUUGUUGCAACAUCUGUUGUUGCUGCUGCAGCAUCAGCAGUAUCAGCAACAACAACAACAACAACAAUGACAAUUUCUCCAAAAGUUUAUGUUACACAGAAAAAAUCGGCAAAAAAUUUUACAAAAGGUACAUCGAUUCUUGCAAAACAACAAUCACGAAAAUCAAAUAAAUCGUUAUUGUUUUCAUCAAUGUCAAAGAAUAAGAAUCCGAAUUUGUCCAUGAUAAAAGCAUCAUCAGCAUCCGUAACACCAAAAUCAAUUCUAAUGUCUAAUGUAGUUGAAUUGUCGCCACCGUUGCCUAUAUCAUCAUCAUCAUCAUCAACAUUAGAUAAUGAAUCUAAAAUAUCAUAUCAUCCACAUAUAUCAUUAAGAGAUCAUGAUUAUUGUAGUAAUAUAAUAUUUUUACCCACCACAACAACAACAACAAAUGAUGAUAAUAAUAAUAAUAAUAAUGAUUGUAAAAAAAAUGAAAAUGAAAUUGAUGAUAUAUUAAAUGGUUAUUGUCCGGAUGAUGUUAUGUUAAAAGAAUUACCUGAAUGUCUUUCCGAUCUAAUUGGUGGAUUGGAUAGUAAUGAUUUAAUGAAUAAUAAUAAUACUGAUGAUUUAUUAAAUCAUCUUAAUAAUGCUUGCAAUAUUAUGACUGAACAAUAUCUGGAAGAAGCAUUAUCAAAUCAAGAUGAUUUAAAUUUACCAGAUUUAAAUCUAACUGAAGAAGAUUUAAAACAAGUUAUUGAUUCUUGUUUAACUGAAGAUAUUUUUAAUGAUGAUGAUGAUGAUAAUAAUGAUGAGGAUAAUCAUUCACCAGAUGUAGAUAAUAUAACCAAAGAACAUCAAUAUUCAUCGAAUAUUGUUGAUAAUUCAGAUGCGGCAAGUGUUACAACCGGUAGUACCGAAGAUGAUAUAUCUAUGGAUGAUAAAAAAUCAUCAUCAUCAUUUAUUAGGCUCAAAAAUCAAAUAAAAUCGAAACGUAAUCGUAGUCUUUCAUCAUCAUCAUCAACAAUGAUAUUGACCAAACGUAAACGACGAUUUUCAACACGUUCUUCAGUGAAUAGUUCGGAUGCAAUGUCAUCAUCUGAAUCAUCAUCAUUAGAAUCAAUAGAAUCAUCAAGUUCACGUAGUUCAUCACCCGAACGAACAUAUAAUUUGGCUAAAAAUUUUAUGCCAAAUAUUCAUAAUCAUUAUUAUUAUGCCAAAAAUAAUCAUCAAAAUAAUAAUAAUAAUAAUAAUAAAUAUCAACAAACAAUUAAUAAAAAACAUCGAAUCGAAAUGAAUAUGGAUAAAGGUAAACAAUGGACAAAAGCAUAUUCAAAAACUAUAACAAAAAAACAACAAUUAUCAACAUCAUUACCAUCAUCAUCAUUAUUAUCGAAUAAAAAUAAUAAAUGUAGAAAUACAACAACAACAACAACAUUAUCGAUAAAUAAUAAUCGAAAACAUCAGCAGCAACAACAGAAAAAUUUUAUCGAUAUAAAUAGAUCUAUUAAAGAUAUUGAUUCUCAACCAGAAAAAUUGGAUUUUAGAAUAAACAACAACGAUGACAAGUUAAAGACGAAUGAUCGUAUCAAUGGUUAUGGUGGUGGUGAUGAUAAUGAUCGAAAUGAUGAUGAAGAUUUUGAUAUAUUAUUACGUUCAGCAGCGGAAGCAUUCAAAUAUUUUCAACAACAUCAACAACAACAACAAAAACAGAAACAGAAACAACAAAAAACUUAGACACGAUGAUGUGGUGAUGAUGGUGAUGGUGGUGAGAUAUCAUCAUCAUUAUCAUC